GCGCUUAAAAAACACCCGGGUAGUCAGACCGUUUAUUCAAUUUUAAAAAAACGCGGUUUUCAGCGGUUUUUUUAGAGACGCCUAAAAGGUCUGACUCCCGCGUUUUCCAAAUACCGCUUGAAACCGCGGUUUUGAAUACCGCGGUUUACCGCGUUUUUUUAGUGAAAUUUUUUCCGUGGGUAGUGAUUGAGAUAAAUAGUGAUCUUAUUUUUUACACAUCAAUUACGACAUUCCUUCAUAUUAAAAAUAUUGUUUUGAGAAUUUCCAAUUUUCAUAUAGUAUACAAUAACGAUUGCUAAUCUUACCUUUUUUUUCGUAUUUGAAGCCAGUAUAGUAUAGUCGCUAUUUUUCCUUCCGUUCUUCUCUGUCCGGAGUAUUCAUUCCUUGUGAUACUACGUGACAGUGACUCAUACUCAUUUUCUUAAUAAUGUUAAUGAGCAAUAGAGGCAAUAAGCCUCAUCAAUUUAGUACCACGAUUAGUGAUCAGGAGGAAAAUCCUGAUUCAAGAAUCGAUUCACCAACAACAAACCAACAGCAAUCAAAACGAAACGUUUCAAAAAAGGUCAAAGGAAGGCGAUGACUCAUUCGAACUCGAACAUCGUAUGGUCAACGUACGUAACCAAUACUUCAACAACAGUGAUUUUCGUCAAGCUCCAUACACAACGACAGCUGGUUCUACAAAGAAUGUUUCGAAUCCAACAGCUCGUCGUCCGUCGUUUCCACCAUUUCGUAUUACUUUUACUGCCGAUGAAACACCAUCAGAAUUAUCAAUUAUUAAAGACAUCAACAAGCACUGCCGCAUCAGUCUUUCUUAUGGACGUUAUGCUGCAGCAGGACGUAAUAAAAGUUUUCUUCUAUAUGUAAAUACAAGUGAACAAUUCGAUCGCUUAAUGGAUAAAAAUAUAUGGUCGAUGCAGAUAUGUUCUCUUGAUUGUUCAAUCGAUUUGCCCUCUAAAGUUCCUUCUUCUUAUUCUAUUGUAGCAAUAGGUGUUCCUGCACAAUGGAAUCUAGCUGAAUUUGAAUUAGACAUUAAAAAGCAUUAUCCGACAAUCAUCAAAAUUGAACGUCUUUAUGUUAAUGGUGGUAUUCCAAUUUCAAAAUAUCACCUCAUCUAUCAACAACAAAACAAAAAAAAACAACAAACUUUUUCUUCAUCCGUUUGGGCAACAAAGGAACAUCAACGUGAUCUACCUGGUCUUACAUCUAAUUCAAUUGAAACCGUUCAAGCACGUGUUGAUACAAGUGCGUUCUUAGAUAUCUCGAAGAAACUUGAUUUACUCAUGAUCAAAAUUGAACAUCUUACAUCUGAACAAACAAAGAUGAAUUCAAGUAUAAACCACGCAAAUCAACUUAUAAAUUCAUGUAAUAAACAAAUCAAUGAAACAAAAGAAUUUCUUAUGAACAGACUUCGUUCUUUUGUUUGUGAACUGAGUGAUGCAUUUCUCGGAAAAAAUAAACAACAACAAAAUCAAUUGUUUUUAGCUCACGAUCACAUGUUUCAUUGCCAAAUUCUUCAUCUAAUGAAUCCAUCAGCAAUAACAUUUAAACCAAAUCAAAAGAAAUCCUAUCCAAUCCUAGCCGAUCUAUUGACAAAAGCCGAAUUAAAUAUCUUUCAAGACUUAUUACACGAAUGGACAGAUACCCCCACACUUGAUCUUCUACUUGAUAAUUGGUCAAAUCAUCGUGAUAAAGCUGAUUCUAUGAUGAUUAUAAAACAAAACGUUUCUCUUCUUCUUCUUAAUGUUUCUAGUUUGAACCGGUACUUUAUCGAUGCCAUUAAUUUAGUCGAUUCUAUGCAACCACCAAUUGUAGUAUUAAAUGGUACACAUCAUGAUGAAAACUCCGUUAAACAAUUUAUUUCUCAUUUCUUCAAUUUCAAUGUUUUCUCAAUGAAAGGAUCGAAUGUAUUUGGUGGAGUUUUGAUUGCAGUACACAAAUCAAUUCGUUCUCAACGCGUAGCUAAAUUCAAUAACUUACCAAAUAUUAUCGUACUCGAAAUCGGAUCGGAUACCGACAUGUUUCAAUUAGUUACAUGUUAUUCUCCACCUGCCGAAUCAAUUCCUCUCGAUUUAUUCGAUCGUUUACUUCAACAUAAUCCAAAUUCUAUAUUCACCGGUGAUUUGAAUGCCAAACAUAGUUCUUGGUCUAAAUCAAUCGAAAAUCGAAAAGGACGAGCAUUAUUCAAUUGGUUAUCAUCAUCGCAAGCACAUACUUCUCUCGAAAUCAUCAACAAAUACGUACCUACCUCAACUCGAUCAACUGCAACAAUCGAUAUCAUCAUUGCACCCACGCAUAUGUCAUCUAAAUCUUUCUCGGUUCUGGCAACCAUCGGAAAUGAUCAUCAUCCAGUUCUAUGGCACCCAUCAUUUAAAAUGUCAUCUACCGUUCACUACUAUCCUAUCAAGCGAACUCGUUGGAACCUACUUGAAGUUUUUCUUACGUGCACAGGAUUAUAUUGGCACAAGUUAGCUACUUCAAUGUCGCAUUCGGUGGCUUUUUUCGUAUUAUACGAACGUUUUCUUUCGUUAUGCGUAUCGCGUCUUACCACCAUCACCUUUCGCAAAACAAUCAGACCUUCUCUACCACCACAUAUAGUUGUUAUGAUUGAUCAAAAACGUCGUUAUCUAAAAUCAUUUCGACAAACCCGACAUCCUUAUUUUGCUCGGGUCUUACGGGAUAUGGCAAAAUUGAUACAAAAGCAGCUUUUUCUCCACAAAAGAAAAUCAUGGCUAGCCUACUGUAAUUCGUUGAAUGAUUGUGAUACAACAGCUUUUUGGAAAAAAGCAAAACGUCACUUCAUUUCCAAGUCUGCACCAAUAGAAGGCUUUAUCGCUAACAAUGAAAUCGCCUCUUCGCCAAUGCAUAUGUGCACAAUUGCCAAAUUAUAUUAUGAAGAACAAUUUUCCAGCCAUCAAUUUAUGCAGUCAGAAACAGAGAUUGAAGCUAAUAAUGCUGAUAUUGAAAUUGAAGAAGCCUUGAGGAAUAAACCACCUAUUCCAAUACAAAUUACUUAUCAACACCUUCGUCGUUCAGUUGCUUCUUUGAAAAACAAAAACUCGACCGGUAUUGAUGGGAUAUCAAAUCGAAUAAUAAAAUUACUACCUCCAAAUCAUCUCUCUAUAAUUCUCUCAUGCUUGAACAACUUUGCAGUUAUGUUGCAAACGCCGUCGCAUUGGCAUGUUGCCAAAAUGAUUCUUCUAUCGAAAAAAAAAUCAAAAUGGAUAAAUGAACAAGGCAUUCUACCUGCUGAGCAAACUGGUUUUCGUCCAGGACAUAAUAUGGCCGUUCGAAUUGUUGCUAUUAUAGAUCAAAUAGGACAAAGCUUGGCAAAGAACACGGCAGCUGCUGCACUCUUCGUCGACUUCCGUACAGCUUUCAAUCAAAUUUGGUUCAAUGGUUUAUGGUUAAAGCUAUCUAAUUUACAAUGUCCAUUAUAUCUAAUCGCAUGGCUUCGUCAUUAUUUAAGCGGAAGAAAAGCAUAUAUUAAUAUCAAAAGCACAUCGUCGACCAUGCUCAAUCUCUCUAAAGGUGUUCCUCAAGGUAGCUGUAUCGGACCAGUGCUCUUCAUAAUUUAUCAUCAUGAUAUUCUUGAAGCACUAUCAACUAUUCAUUGGAAACACUUAUUUGCUGACGAUCUUGCAGUUUUAUUUUCACCAUCUCCAUAUACGUCCUCAUCACAAAUGAUAAACACACUAACGGAACAAAUAAAACAUGUACUUCUUCGCCUAAUUAAAUACUCAAUCAAAUGGAAGCAACCAAUAAACUUCAGUAAAACGAAUUGGAUACUAUUUCAUCGUCAAGUUGUUCCACUUUUUCCAAGCAUUAUAUGUGAAGGGCACAAUAUUGAACAUGUCAAGAAAUUCAAAUAUCUUAGUACAAUAUUAGACGCUAAACUAUCAUUUACUGAACAUAUUGAUUACAUCCAAGCUAAAAUUCGCAUCAAUAUGAAUAUAUACAAACGACUAGCUUUCACUCGCAUGACGAGUGAACAAAUUAAUUAUAAACUGUAUAAUGCAUUCAUUAGACCGUACCUUCAAUCAAUACUAAAUUUUUUUCCUAUUCUUUCGCUUACUAAACAGAAACAACUUGAAGGUAUCAAUCGAAAAAUCUUUAGAUCAAUACAUCGAUGGUUCGAUGCAAGAAUUAUUGAAAUUGAAAAUCUUCCCAAAUACAAGUCUAUCUCGAAAUUAACCUACAUGCAUUGGGAUAAAUUAACACAAACAAUACUCGUAACGAAUCCAAGCGUUAUCGAAGAUUUUCUACAAAAUAAGUUAUCGAUUUUAUACCUACAUGAAUAUCUAUCUAGUCCUACGCUAGCUAAUGAAAGAAGAAAAAUAUUCGAAAGAGGGAGAAUCCGCAAAAGUAUUCGUAAUUUGCUGACUGAAGAUCAUCUAUCUCUAUUUGACCACAUUUUAUGUUAUCACUAA